AAUCCCACAUCUAGCUUAUUUAGACAGUGUCAGCAAGGUCUCCAAAGACGUUAACUUUAUGUUAGAUUCUGUACUAUCGACACAAACGACCAAUUUGCAACCCUGCCCAGGAUAAAUGGUUUAUCCCGCUUAAAGUACAGUACUGGAAGCAAAAUGGCUGCUCCACUGAAACCUUGGGAGAGAGCUGCUGGGAAUGGCGGUGUAGGCGCUACAGGAGAGGACAGAACAAGACCUGGAUCAGCACCAAUCAGCAGACCUACCGGCCCAUCCGCCAAUGGUGGACCAACCCGUGCCCCGCCCCGCCCACCUCCCCGACCCUCCAGGCAGCAGCCUAGCUCAGCUCUGAACAGAUACAGCCCUAUGUAUGGAGGAGGAAGCUAUGGUGGAUAUGGGGGCAUGUACGGCGGAGGUGGCAUAUAUGGGGGCGGCAUGUAUGGAGGAGGAAUGUAUGGAAACAGUAUGUACGGUGGUGGGUACGGAAUGAACAGAUAUGGCAGUACAAACAAUGGCCAGAGUCCAAGCAGGUUUGUUCAAGCAGCUGAGGAGAGCAGCAGGCAGGCAUUCCAGUCUAUUGAGAGUAUUGUGUCUGCAUUCGGCUCGGUGUCCAUGAUGCUGGAGUCCACCUUCUAUGCCGUGUACAACUCCUUCAGGGCCGUGCUGGGAGUCGCCGACCACUUCAGCCGCAUGAAGACACACUUUGCACAGAUCUUCUCCGCCUUUGCCGUGGUGAGAACUUUGCGUUACCUGUACAACAAACUGCUGGUGCUGCUGGGCAGGAAGGUGAGUGCCGAGGCUGAGGCGGCCUGGAGCUCGGCAACCACCGAGGCACAGGCUUCAUCACUAGAGGAGGAUGGGAAGGGCAGGCCCAAGUCCUGGCCCAUCAUGCUGUUCCUUGCUGUGGCAGUGGGAGGACCAUGGCUCAUCUGGAGACUCCUCAGCUCUGUGGCUGAUGUGGCCAAGCCAGCUGAGACCGAGUGGGCCAAUGGGAAUGAUGACCAUGUGGUGGGCAGGGCUGAGUAUGACUUUGAGGCUGAGAGUGAGGAGGAGCUGUCCUUCCGUGCUGGUGACAUGCUCAACUUUGCACCCAAAGAUCUGCAGCCUAAGGUACGUGGGUGGCUGCUGGCCAGUCUGGACGGCCAGUCAUCAGGCCUUGUCCCUGCCAACUACAUCACCAUCAUGGGAAAGAGGAGGGGCAGGAAACAUGUCCUCCAGGAGCAGCAACAACAACAGCAACCGCUGGAACAGACACAGGCACAGGCAGCAGCAGGACCAGGGCAGGACCAGGAGACGUUGGACGACACCUUCCAGAUGGUACAGGACAUGGCACCCAGCAGCAGGAGUGUCCAGCACAGUGCCAGCCUUCCCGAUGACUUAAUGUCUUUUGACAAAAGUUUCAGAACAGUGGAACAGGAGGCGGGCAGUUCUAGUGCCAGCAGCCUGAAGGACUUUGAUACAGCCUUUGAGAAAGACGUGCCUACAGCACCACCACAGAGCAGUCCUGUCCCAGAAAAAACAACAACAAAAAGUAACAGUAAGAAAGAUGAAGUGUAGGACUGGUAUACAGGAUACUUUAGGCAAGUAGUAUUGCGUACUUGAUUAAACAUGGCAUUUCUUUGAUCUAUUGAAGGUUUAAAUCGAUGUACAGAAGUUACGUGAAUACAUGUAAUUGAUUAGAUUUAUACCACCUGUUGCAAUUCCUGUCAUUAGGUAUUACUCCAAAUUCAUAUCAUUGACUAUUUGCUUCUUUGUUUGAAAACUAAUUAUUAGAAAGGACAUCAUUCUGAAUUUGGUUUGAAUCAAAUACAUAUACAUGCAUCAAAAGUCAUCUACAUACAAAUUGCUGAUGUUGUGCUCUAAAAAGAAAACAAAUCACUCAAAUAAAGGUGGAAAUAGAUAUACUAAA